GAGAAAUUCUAUAAGUAAAAUAUUAGAUUUUUUGUAAAUUGUCGCAAUAAAAAUGAAUAAAAAUGAAAUUUAAAAGAAAGAAAACAAAAACUGAAAAUGAAAUUUUAAGAAGUUUAUUUAAAAAAUUUCUUAAAUAAAGAUAUACACACUUAAUAUGUAUGUACGAUAUACUUACAUAUAGAGAGAAAAUAUAAUUUACAAGAAAGCUAAUAAGUCUUAAAGCAAAUAUUUUAAUAAAAUAAAAAAAUAUAGUUGUUGCUGUCAUUUUUGAUGUUAUGGGGGAGAGGUCCCCGCAACGGUUCUUUAACGGGUCAUCAUCCUACGGUUAUAGAUUAUCGCACGGGUUACAUACGGUCCCAUCUUCGUUCGCCAUCGGGGAGAGUAAGAUGACCGAAUUUAAAAUGGCCGAUUUAUCGUUAUCAUUAUGUCCACAACAAGCAGCUGCAAUACCAUUUAUUGCACCAAAUCGUAAUCAACAAUAUCAACAACACCAAAAUCAACAACAACAACAGCAAUUACAACAACAUCAACAAUCUGGUAAUAAUAGUAAUCAUGGUGGUGCUAGAUUUCUGUCAUAUUUUGGAAAUGAAGAUAAAGAAAGAAAGAAAUCUGAAACAUCUUUCUUUAAUUUAGGUUUUAGACGUAAAUCGACAAUAUUUUUUGCAGCAACCGAUUAAAUCUAAAAUUAUUAAUAAUUAUAUUUAAUAUUUAUAUAUUAUUAUAUUACAUUUGUAUUUAUAUAUAUUAUAUUAUAUAUUUUAUUAAAUUAUACAUACAUUAUAUUUAUUAUAAAACAAGAAAAAUAUAUAAAGAAAAGUUUUAUUAUAUUAUAAAAAAAAUAUGUUAAUAAAUUAUUUAAUAUUAUAUUAAUAAGUUAUAUUUAGUAUAUAAUGUAUAAAUAUUAAAUUUAAAU